AACAGCUCGGGAAGGCAAGAGAGCGAGUAAAACCAUACUAAACAACACAAACCGCGCAUGUUUGACCUUCCACAAGGUGACCGCAUCCGAGUAGAAGAUUCGUUACUUCACUUGUAGUGCAACUGUGGCUCCGAACGGAUCGCACUAAAGUGUUCUGCGCUAAUCCUGCUAGGGAAGAAAAAGUAUUCGUACAUUGAACUGUCCAUUUUGAUUGUCCAAUUGUGUUAAGUGAUUUUUGUGAGUGUGAACAAAAUGUCGAAACCACAAUCGGAUGAACAGAAGCGUAAGCAGAUCAGUGUCCGUGGCAUCUCCGUGCUGGAGGAUGUCACCGAAAUCAAGAAGGGCUUCAAUCGGCACCUUCACUACACCCUGGUGAAGGAUCGUAAUGUGGCAACGGUUCGCGAUUACUACUUCGCGCUAGCCCACACCGUCAAGGAUCAUCUGGUGUCCAGAUGGAUCCGAACGCAGCAGCAUUACUACGAAAAGGACCCCAAGCGCGUGUACUACCUCUCGCUGGAGUACUACAUGGGCCGCUCGCUGCAGAACACCAUGAUCAAUCUGGGCAUCCAGACCUCCUGCGACGAGGCCAUGUACCAGAUGGGUUUGGACAUCGAGGAGCUGGAGGAACUGGAAGAGGAUGCCGGUCUCGGUAACGGUGGUCUUGGCCGUCUAGCCGCUUGCUUCCUCGAUUCGAUGGCCACGCUCGGAAUGCCGGCCUACGGUUAUGGUAUUCGCUACGAGUACGGUAUCUUCGCGCAAAAGAUUAAGAAUGGAGAGCAGGUUGAGGAACCCGAUGACUGGCUGCGAUAUGGAAACCCAUGGGAAAAGGCUCGCCCGGAAUAUAUGAUACCGAUUCAUUUCUAUGGCCGCGUCAUCGAUACCCCCGAGGGCAAGAAGUGGGUUGACACACAAACUGUCUUUGCUAUGCCGUACGACAAUCCGAUCCCCGGGUACGGAAACAACGUAGUCAACAGUCUGCGUUUGUGGUCUGCCAAGUCGCCAAUCGAUUUCAAUCUGAAAUUCUUCAACGACGGUGACUACAUCCAGGCUGUGCUGGAUCGUAAUCUAGCCGAGAACAUAUCCCGCGUCCUGUAUCCGAAUGACAAUUUCUUCGAGGGCAAAGAGCUACGUCUGAAGCAGGAGUACUUUAUGUGCGCUGCCACUCUCCAGGAUAUUGUUCGCCGGUACAAAUCAUCCAAAUUUGGAUCCCGUGACGCUAUCCGUACCACGUUCGAAGACUUCCCGAACAAGGCCGCCAUUCAGUUGAAUGACACGCAUCCAUCGCUGGCUAUCCCGGAACUGAUGAGGAUCCUGGUCGAUGACGAGAAGUUACCGUGGGAUAAGGCCUGGGAUAUUGUUGUGCGUACGUGCGCCUACACUAACCAUACCGUACUACCGGAAGCGCUGGAACGCUGGCCAGUGUCACUGCUGCAAUCCAUUCUACCACGUCACUUGGAGAUCAUUUAUCACAUAAACUUUUUGCAUUUACAAGCGGUUGAGAAACGCUUUCCAGGAGAUUUUGAUCGUAUGCGCGCUCUCUCACUGGUUGAGGAGGACGGUGAUAAGCGCAUCAACAUGGCGAAUCUGUCGAUUGUUGGCUCACAUGCCGUGAAUGGCGUCGCCGCUAUUCACUCGGAAAUUAUCAAGAAGGAUAUUUUCAGAGAUUUCUACGCCCUAACUCCGGAAAAGUUCCAGAACAAAACCAACGGUAUUACUCCUCGUCGUUGGCUUCUACUGUGCAAUCCUGCUCUAUCGGAUCUGAUAGCUGACAAGAUUGGAGAUCAGUGGCCUGUACAUUUGGAACAGUUGGCUCAACUCAAGGCAUUCGCCAAGGAUACAGGUUUCCAGCGAACAGUGGGUAAGGUUAAGCAGGAGAACAAACUGAAACUCGCACAGCUGCUGGAGAAGGACUACGGCGUCAAGAUCAAUCCAGCUUCGAUGUUUGACAUUCAAGUCAAGCGCAUCCACGAAUACAAACGUCAAUUGCUGAACUGCUUGCACAUCAUCACAUUGUACAACCGUAUCAAGCGAGACCCGACGGCAAACUUUACUGCGCGUACAAUUAUGAUUGGUGGAAAGGCUGCUCCUGGAUACUACAUUGCUAAGCAAAUCAUCAAACUGAUCUGUGCCGUUGGAAACGUGGUCAACAACGAUCCGAUCGUUGGAGACAAAUUGAAAGUCGUCUAUCUGGAGAACUAUCGCGUUACACUGGCUGAGAAGAUCAUGCCGGCCGCUGAUCUGUCCGAACAAAUCUCCACUGCUGGCACAGAGGCUUCCGGAACUGGCAACAUGAAGUUCAUGUUGAAUGGUGCCUUAACGAUCGGUACCCUGGACGGUGCCAACGUCGAAAUGGCCGAGGAGAUGGGCAACGAGAACAUCUUCAUCUUCGGAAUGACCGUCGAUGAGGUCGAAGAUCUGAAGCGGCGUGGAUACAACGCCAUGGACUACUACAACUCAAACCCGGACAUCAAGCAGUGUGUCGAUCAAAUCCAGGGUGGAUUCUUCAGUCCGGGUAACCCGCACGAGUUCCAGGACGUUGCGAACGUGCUGAUGAAACACGAUCGCUACUUCUUGUUUGCUGAUUACGAUUCGUACAUUAAGACGCAGGAUCUUGUGUCUGCUACUUAUCAGAACCAAUCCAAGUGGCUCGAAAUGUCGAUCAACAACAUCGCCUCCAGUGGUAAAUUCUCCAGCGAUCGUACGAUCGCCGAAUACGCACGUGAAAUCUGGGGUGUCGAACCAACGUGGGAAAAGCUGCCCAACCCAGCUGAGGCCCCUAAGUAAUUCUUCCCGAAGGGACAUGAGCAGAAAUAAACACCACUGCCACCGUGCGCAGCCACACCCAUACACAUAAACAUACACCAGACAGACAAACAUACAAGAAACAAAUGGGUCAAGCAAGGAGUUAACCUUUAUAUGUUGGAAAUACUAUUUCGACUUUUUAAUACUAUCGCUAUUCGAUGUGCAGUCCGGAUAUAGAACAAGUCAAACUCUCGACGUCCUACUAAGCUUUAGAUUGCCCAGCGAUCAUUCGUUCGAGUGGGGUGGUUUUCGUCAACGCAAAUCGGCAGUUUAGAACAAAAGUAACUAGUUAAUUGAAAUUUUAAAUUUAAAAAUUGUUAAAAAAAAGUUAUAAACGUUUAUCGUUAGAUGUAAUAAGGCAUGCAAAUAAACUCAAAGUGUUAAAAACACAUGGUUAUGAGAUAAUCACAACACGAAUCAACAUUAAAAUUAGGGUGCCAUUAACUAGAUAUAACCCCCUCUUUCGUUUACUUUUAAAUGUACCGGAAAACGAAUGAAAGGAACAUGUUUUGUGAGAGUAAACACGCAAAUAGAAGUUAAAAAGCCCUUAGUUUGAACCACCAAUUCACAGCGUGUAGAACUAAACCGUUAGGAAAACCAAAACAUCAUUGAAAUGUGUAACACAAAUUCUGUUGAAAUUUUUUGAGCAUCUUAUUGUUUAUAUUAUUAUUUUUAUGAAAUAUAAUCAGAAAACCUGAAA